UUUCAUACUCGAUGUAUCGGUUGCAAAGUCGGAUUCGCGUGCAAGAUUGUAGAGAUGCCGCAAUUGGAUCUCGCCCCGGCAGGAACCGACGUUCUGUUGCCCAGACACCCUUCCCAUGAGUCUUCUAAUAGCUCUCAACCCCUUGUCGAGCUCGUCUCACGGGCAUGAACGUGGCGGCGGACGGGGCGUCACCAAACUCCAGCCCUUUCAACAGGGCCACUGGAAUAUCAAAAUCGACGAGACCUGCAAGAGGGGACCCGCAAGAUACUACAGCCUGCUAAAAAGGGUUUUGGCCAUGUUAAGUCGGCUUGAGAGCGUGAACAGGUUUGGACUGAGCCGAGACAGGAACGCCGGGCUCCACGACCUGGAACUGACUACAGCAUUCUGAAGGUUCCGGUGAAGAUGAUAGAGGCUUGCAGAGGGUGAAGACGCCGCAAAUAAGAUGAAAACGUUGUCGGGGUAAUGCGUCGUGUCGUGGGGGUCGGGAC